GCUGAUGAUAAAUGUGUUUAGGGAUUACAUAUUUGAGGGUUUCAUGGAAGUCUGUAAAACAUACUUCACAAUAUACGACUCUCUUAGGCCUCAUUUUCCAAUGCCUUGUUCCUUGUACCAGAUGUUUGCAUCAGUGUCUCAUGAAUGCGGACUGCAUACAAAGUAAGAAAUUUCUGUGGGUUUUAUGAUUCAUGUUCAUUAUCAACCAAUAGGGAGUCAUAAAAUCAGGCUAAAGAUUGCUUCAACAGGACAGCUAAUUUAUGGCAGUAUUAAAGCCUCUCUAGACAAGGUGUUCAUGUAUUUACCAUGCCGACCAUUUUUUUGCUAAUAGGUAACGGCAAUCCUUCUUGUUCCAAAUAAAACACUUAUUAUCUUCAAAUCCACUGAGAACUUGGUGGUCUAGCUUUUCUUUGUCUUUACCUGAGACUUCCAUGGUUUUGACUGCCACUACUAAGUUUCCCUCUGCUUCCUCUUCUUUAGGAUGAUGACCUCUAGCUCUUGAAAACUUUAUCUCCUGCUUUCUUCCUUCCCGAUGACUCUCUCUGCUCCCUCCUGAAGUACUCUGCCUGCUUCUGCUUUCCAGAACCCUUUCCUGCAGUGUAGUGCUGAGGACUCGGGCGGUAUUGCUCCGGCCCUACGACCCUCUCCACGCAGAGCAGGUGACAACAGCAGGCGCCUCACGGGAGCCUCACCACACACGCUGGCCGUUUCACAAACAGCUGCAAUUAUUAGCACUAUCUAUACGGGCACUUCUCUUAGUGCUUUCAAAGGCUGCAUUCGCCCAUUAAGCGUGACGGGCUCCUGUAGACGCAGCUCCGUAUUCGCGCCUUAUUCCGCAACGCCGAACUCGGGAUCUCCCGGCGGCGGCGCUGCCCGGCCAGGGGCAGGGACAGUGACAGUGGCAGGGGCAGAGCCGGGGCAGGGCCGGCCCCCUCCCACCGCCUCCCCCGCUUCCUCCCGGCCCCGCCUGUUGAUGUUUCACUUGCUUUUAAUUCCCGGGUCGCAAGAUGGAGGCGGCGCUGGGACGUCGGGAGCUGCUGCUGCUGCCGCUGUCGCUGCUGCUGCCGCCUCUGGCCGCCGCUCUGCUGGGCCCGGCCGCGCCGCUGGGACAGGAAGCAAUUAGAGUUGGUGUUAUGAUGCUGAACACCAGUGGAGAACUUCACAAAGUACAGGUUCUUUUUAACAUCACCUAUGUUAAUGGACAGGUAUAUCUAAAUGACUUUCCUAUGAAAAGCGGAGUUGCCCACAUAACAUGUCAAACAAUAAUAUUGGAGAACAGAAGCUUGGAUAACUUACCGGAUCAGCAGCACCUGGGAACCGUCAGUGUUAGAAUCAUGGUUCACGAGUGGCCUUUGGCAUCCGCUUCUGAUUUGCAGCUGAUUGUCAUUCAGGAAGAAGUGACAGAAAUUGAUGGAAAACAGGUUCAGCAGGAAGAAGUAACAGAAAUAGAUAUUUUAGUGAAGGACCUGAGAGUACUUAGACAUUCCAACUACACUGUCCCUUUGAAAGAGAGCAUGCUGUACUCCAUGCCAAGGGACAACGACGUGUUAUUUACACUGCCCAACCUCUCAGGAAAAGAUAUUCAAGAUCCACUGCAGACUACCAGUCAGUACCUCAUCCAGCAAGUAGAAACUACAGUGGAUGAAGAGACAUUACCUGGCAAGUUACCAGAGACCCCUCUUAGGGUAGAACCUCCAUCUUCUUACAAGGUGAUGUGCCAGUGGGUGGAAGACUUGAGAAAAGGGUUGUGCAGAUUCUGGUUUCAGUCUCUGCCUAUCUUGUUUAGUUUCAUGGAAGUUGUUGUUGUUGGAGUUGUUGGAGCAGCUCUUAUUAUCAAAGUCUUAAAGCUGAUUCUCCCUUCCUGUGAAAAUAAAGGCGUCCUUCUCCUGGAUCAAGUCACCUUUGUACCUGUGACUACCAUCAGCCUGCCUUCAGAACUUUCAGACAGGAAAAAUAAUUCAGAUGAGAAAGCAUGUACUUAAUACUGUAUUUACUUUGGAGUUACUGGUUUUUAAAAACACACUUUUAGUUGAUCUGAUAUUUGGCACCUGAUCUUAAUACCUUGUUUUUUUUCCUACUAAGAAAACUAAGUCAGUUGAUAAAUUGAUAAAAGGCCACUCAGGCCAAGGCCCAAAGCUGACUUCCUUGUGCCUCUCCAUAAACAAGCAGCCUUUUCAGAAGCUUCAAAGUAGAGCAGCUGCCUUUUCAGAAGUUUCAAUAUAGAGCAGCUUUCCACCCUGAGGGCUACCAUUGGUUUUAACUUCUGUGAAGUCACUCUUCCACACCUCAGACAGGCUGCUGGCUGCCUUCAUGCCCAUAAACCAAGUUAGCUGUCCUGACUAACAAGAUUAUGAAAUUCAGGGUGUCCUUAAGUCCAGAGAUAGCAUUCUUAAAAAACAUCUGAGGAAAUACUGCAAACAUCAGCUGUGCCUGCAAACCUAAGCAAAGCUACCCCACCUGGUUCCAGGUCUCAUAGGGUUAAGUGUGUCUUGCAAGGAAGAUACCACUACCAAACACUUGUGUUACUCAAAAGAUCUGACAUUUUAUAUAUGCAAAACAAAAAUUUGAACGGCAGAUUUAUAUUUCAAGCACUUUACAUUUUUAUGGUCCCUUCCACUCAUAAAAAUUGUUAGCAGUUGUAACUAGCUUGCUUUUUUGUAUCUGUGACAGCAGAAUUCUAUGAAGUCCCAAAAGAAAAAUGAAAAUUCCAUUAAAUUAUGCAGAAAUACUGGCUUACUAUUGCUGAGUAGGCCCAGUCUGCUCAUGCCAGUUCGUACUGUUAACAUUUUUCAAAUAAACAUUUAAAUUGUUUAUUA